AUGGCGACUACUCCACGAUUCGACCGCUGUUUCAACCCAUAUAACUUAGCAAACCAUUUAAAAACAAGGAAUUUAAGAAAAGCCAAUGACUUUAUUAAAAAAGAACUAAACAUGUAUGGUGAUUAUGUCUUAUGCAUUGAUUGUAAAAUGAAAGUGUACGCAUCUGCAAAACAUUCAAAAUCGGUUGGUGACAAUGUUGAUAAUGUUGACAAUAAUCAAAACGUUGACGAUGAUAUUGCUUGUGAAGUCAACGUUAGAAGUGAUGAUGAAAAUUCUGAAAGACAAGGUGACAGUUGUGAAGGUUCAUGUAAUUUAUCUUUAGGACAUGCAAGUCAAGCUACUGCACUACUAAAAUCUUUUGAAUCUUUAUCAUUUUCUUCCGACAAUUUUCAAUCGCAACCGAUUCAAUCAAGUUCUGCAUCUGAAGUCAGUAUUGAAACUCAGUUGCCAGUAGUGAAUCAAGCUUUACGUCUUUUGAAUGAAUCACCAGUUUUAAAGAAGAAAUUGCGAGAUGGAGUUUAUUUGGAUCGUAAAGUCAACCAAAUCACUCGUAACCUAAUAAAACUUUUUGGUCUUGAUGAUAAUGGUCUGUCAGAUCUAAAUGUCAAUUUAGCAGAUUUUCAGGAUAUAAUCGAGCGUUUAAAAGCUAAGUUUAAUGACCAGAAUUCUUCAACAGCGGAAAAAAUUAGAAUCCUGACUAUAUUACCAUCAAGAUGGAGUGAAUGAAAAAUUUGUGAUAUGAUGAAUAGUUCAAGACACAUGGUCCAAGUCGCAAAAAAAUUAUCUGAAGAUGUAGGAAUUCUUGCGAUUCCUGAAGCUAAGUUAGGUAUAGAAUUGCAAACAUAA